UUAGGAUUCUAGCGGGUGGCCGUGCGCCAUUGCGCCUGGUGUCAUUUCUGGAAAUCCUAUUCCGCUUUGGAGCGUAAGAUUUUAUUUUAAUUUUGGGAACAAUGUGGGGAAUGCAGAGGACUCGGUACGCGGACUGCAACGGCUCAGAAGCAAGUGAAGAGGCGGAGAUCGUGGUGAACAUUGGAGGAGUGAAACAGGUGUUGCAUGGGGACGUGUUGAAUCGUUACCCGGAGACUCGGCUUGCAGAGCUGAUAGACAGUUCUCUAAAGUCUCCCGAAGAAAUAUCUUCAUUGUGUGACGAUUAUGACCCAGACACUGGGGAAUUUUAUUUUGACAGGGAUCCUGAAGCAUUUAAGUGUAUAAUUGAGCUGUAUUAUUAUGGGGAGAUACACAUGAAAAGGGGCAUCUGUCCGAUUUGUUUCAUGAAAGAGAUGGACUUCUGGAAAAUCGGCACUGAAUUGUUGGAUGAAUGCUGUAAAAGUCACCUUAAAGAGGUCCAGGAUGAACUUGCAGAGAUCGCAGAGAGAGUGAGAACUAUCCUGGUGGACAGAGAGGGAGACCCGUCUGCAGGAGGCUGCCAGCGCUUCCAGGCGUCCCUCUGGAGGUUGAUGGAAAAGCCGGAGUCCUCGGUGCCUGCGCAUGUCAUCGCCAUACUUUCCUUCAUCUUCAUCCUUAUCUCUUCUGUGGUCAUGUGUGUCGGGACCAUCCCCGAGCUUCAGGUGGAAGACUCAGAGGGAAACCUCACUGAGCACCCAACGCUGGAGGUGAUCGAGACUGUGUGCAUCGGCUGGUUUACCAUAGAGUAUAUUCUGCGUCUGAUCUCCUCUCCAAACAAGAUUAAAUUCGUCUUGUCCUUCAUGAACAUCAUUGACUUCAUGGCAAUCAUGCCCUUCUUCGUGGUGCUUAUUCUCACCUCCUUCGGCGCGGGAGUGAUGGAACUAGCCAACGUGCAACAGGCCGUGCAGGCUUUGCGCAUAAUGCGCAUUGCGCGCAUUUUCAAGCUUGCGCGCCACUCAUCUGGACUUCAGACGCUCACCUCUGCGCUAAAGAGCAGCCUGAAAGAGCUCGGUCUGCUCCUCAUGUACAUGGGAGUUGGGGUCUUCCUUUUCUCAGCGCUGGGUUACACCAUGGAGCAGAACCACCCAGACACGCUGUUUACCAGCAUCCCACAGUCGUUCUGGUGGGCUGUAAUAACCAUGACCACAGUGGGGUAUGGGGACGUGUACCCUAAGACCACUUUAGGUCGGUGCAAUGCAGCCAUCAGCUUUCUUUGCGGGGUCAUUGCCAUAGCGCUGCCCAUACACCCCAUAAUUAACAACUUUGUGCUGUUUUACAACAAACAACAGGUAUUGGACACUGCAGCCAAGCAUGAGAUUGAACUCAUGGCGCUUCGCUCCAGUGAAGGCGAACUAAGGGCUGCACCUGAGCGCCACGGACAUGUGUGUGGAUCCGGGGUUUGGGACUCCUCCAUGAGCUCCUGUCACAGCAACACAUACUUACCUCUGCUGAAGGAUCCCAGAGGAGGGCCAAGUAUGCAGAGCCCAAGCAUGGAGACUAGCUUUGAGAGUACAUCAGAGGCUCAUUCCUGCUCUUCAACAUCUGUCCCCUGAUGUGCAAUUGAAGUUCAUGAGUAAGAACUAUAUAUUGGGCAGUUAAAUGGAUCAAGAAGGAACACAUGACUUUUCUUUAACAAAACUGGUAUAAAAAGAAAUAUUUAAGAGCUGUUUGGAAUGUGUAUUUUUUGUGAUUAAACU